AUGGCCCCCGACGCCAAACCCGCCAAAGCCAGCAAGGCUAGCAAGACCGACAAGGAGGACAAGGAGGACAAAUCCAAGGUGCACAAGCUCGCCCUCAAGGGAAGCGCAAAGCUCGUGGCCGAAUUCCGUCAAGAAAUACGGUCUCAAUAUGCUAGGUUCGCCUUCCUCACACCCCAUCCCGCCAACACAUCCAUCACACUAUUUCGGCAACCUUCACGCCCAGCAAAGAUCCCCCAUAAGCUAACACCGUAUUCUCCCCCUCCAGUCUCCUCCGACGACCAAGUCCGAGCCUACAUCAAAAAGAUCAUGUCCCAACUAGACCGCUGGAUGCUCCGCGGCAAAAUCUCCAAGCUCGUCAUCGUAAUCACAGACAAGGACACGGGCGAACACGUAGAACGCUGGCAAUUCGACGUCGAAAUCUUUGGCCGCCCCUCAAAGUCCAAAUCCUCAAAGACCUCUUCGUCCUCCAAGUCAUCCUCCUCAAAACCCGCAGACCAAGAAAACGCAUCCCCCGCCACGGCAGAGGACGCGGCCCCCGAAAAGACGGAACAAGAAAUCCAAUCCGAAAUCGCCGCCAUCUUCCGCCAGAUCACCGCCUCCGUCACGUUCCUCCCCCAGCUCAACGGAGACUGCACGUUCAACGUCCUCGUGUACGCCGACGCCGACUCUGAGGUGCCCGUCGAGUGGGGCGACAGCGACGCCAAGGAGAUUGUCAAUGGCGAGCGCGUCCAGCUGCGUGGGUUCAGCACCAGCAAUCACCGUGUUGACACCCUCGUCAGCUAUCGCUUGGCGGAGUAG